ACACACACACACACACACACACACACUCACACUUUCUCUCACUUUCUCACUCGCCGUGUUCAUCUCGUGAGCGUGUGUCUUCUCCUGUGUGUGAGUGCCUGCAUGCAUCCUUCUGUAUGCACGUUUGUUCUGUGUUGUCUUCGAACAACGUGCUGUGGCUAUGUACAUGAUGAUGACGUUGAUGUGGUCUACAAUGCAAGCACACGUGCUGUCUCUUCUUCUCUUUUUUCUUUUCCUUGUCUUUUCCGUGUGUCGUUUCUUUAAGUGCGAGGGGGAAGCAUGCACUCACUCGUUUGUGGUCAUGACGAUCAUCGCAGCACACACGUGCAUUGUUCUGCUCGCUCCCUUCAUCCUCGCCCCCCCCCCUUUUCUAUGUCUUCUCAUUCUCUCUCAUCCUCGUCCUUCUUCCUUGCAGUGCUGUGAGUUCUUCUCCCAUGAUCUCCUUCUCCAAGUCGUCAUCGCUUUUGUUGUUGCUGUUGCUGUUGUUGUUUGUUGUUGGUUCACGCGCCUCCUCCUCCCUCUUUUCUUUAGAACAGAGCUCGAUUCACCAGAGAACACGUGUUGUUGUUGUUGAACAGCCUGGGCUUCACAUUUCAUAUCAUGGGCAUCUUUGUCAUCGUUGCUUCAUCGUGUUUUUACUUGAGCGCAAUUGUACGUGUGUGCCUGUGCGUGCGCUUGUGCGUGCACGUGUGCGUCUGCGUGUGUGCGACAUGUGGCUUGACAUGACUGUGGGUGUAGCUUUUGUCGUUGUCGUUUGUUCGAGUUGUUUGGAACCGGAUGUGCGUGGUGUUGUGACCACACCUGAGUUGCUUGUCGCAAGCGGUUUUCGCUGUGUGCUUGCCUCCUUGACGCCCCUUCAGCAAGCAACAUGAUGGCCUUUGCCCUCUCGUGUGUAUUGACCAACCCUGUAACAAUACUGCUCUCACCAAAGAAAGAAAGAAAGAAAGAAAAAGAAAGA